UCUAAACAGGAUUUUCGGUGGAAAUAAUUUUUCGACUCUUUUCGGACGUAAUUUUAUUUUGGAAUUGAAAAUAUUCCAAGCGUUUAAAUUUUAUGGAUGCUGAGAUUGUUAUUCGGUUGUUCAGAAUAAUUGAAGGACUUUAGCAAUAAUAGCAAUAUUCGCUGCGUUCAGUAUUUUUAUAAUGAUUGACAAAUAAAUAUGUACAAAAAGUGCAUAAUGAAUGCUGAAGAAAUAAUUCACGAGAACGUACCAAAACAUAAAUAUAUCUCAUCUGAAAAAUUAAAAGACCUUUCCACGGAAAAACUAAUAUCGAGCACUUCGAUCACGAGUGUCUGUUCGUCCGAGCUGCACGGAUCGAAAGCUUUCUUCGUUGAACGGAAACAGCAAAUUAUCGAUAGCGAUUGGGGAGGAUACGCUUUAGAUCUGAAUCUAUGGGACGAUUCCAGAUCGCCUAUAGUGCAAAUAAAACCGAGCGAAUUAUCACUCGACAAUAAAGAAUCUCGCGGCUUCCUGUCCGACAGACUAAUAGGCCCAGCUUCGUCCUUUUUGACAAGGUCACCCGAGAACGGCCUUUACAUCCUCGGCAAAUGCGUCCUGCGAAACAGAGAUGCGUACAGUUUGCGCUACGUGGACCUAAAGUUUAACAGAAUAGCCGAUCUGUUGGAGGUGCUGAAUCUGAAGGGCUCGAUAUUCGAGGUAGACUUUAGAGGUAACGCUUGCACGAAGUGGCCUAAUUAUCGAAACGUACUGAUAUCCUCCAUUCCGAGCGUCAAGUUUAUCGAUGGCGUUGAAGUGUUUGCGGCAGAGAAGGUAACAUCGGCUAUGUUAUUCGCGUCGCCGCUGGAUCUGAUAGCUGCCCGCAAAGUAGCGAAAUUGACAUUACUGGAGCAAUUGAACAUCACCAGGGUAGACGCUCACGUGCAACCGUACGAUGAAAUUAGCCCUCCUCUGGUGGCACUCACGGGACCAUCGGCAAUGAAAAAAAUGGCAUUGGGGCUGCACGUGGCUCGAACGAUUCCCGACGAAGUGAAAUACUGUCCUUGGCACUCCACGAAGGAGAUCUACGAAGACGAUGAUGAACGUGACGCUUAUAUUCUCGUAGAUAGAGAAGAUUUCAAUGACAUGGCGAAGCGCGGCGAGUUCCUGGUGAUCUUGGACCUGUUGGGUCACAGUUAUGGGUUUCAUACAGGUCAGAUCGCUCUGUUGAUGUCUGAAAACAAAAUCGGCCUUACUCAGAUGAACCUGUACGCGGUCACGGAAAUUUCCAGAAGAUAUCCCAACGUAAGAGCAAUCUUGUCGUUCACGCAAAGCGUGGACCUUCAUAAAGACUGGGUAGAAGAAAAGUUCGACGUUUACACGUGGAUUAAAGAUAGCGUGGAGAAUUUAUUGGUCGUCAAGAUAGGCAAGCAUCGGAACGAUAAAGAGACUGCCAGUUGUAUACUAAAUUUUGUCGAGGAGAUUCUAGACGAGGUAAUAUGCCAGCUACAAUUACCAACUUAUAGCAUCCAUGUAAGACCGCAGGGCACCGGGGCGACGACAACCGAUAUAAUACUGGAGAGCAAGACGAUGUUACCGAGAGUCGUAUUACGAAGGAGCGAGAUGAAACCGAGAAAAAAUCGCGUUCCGCUCAAGAGAGAGCGGAAUAAUGGGAACAACAAGAAGAAGCAUACGAUGGAAGAAUUAAAAGUGAUACUAGACGAGGAGUCGAAUAUUAUCAUCGACGACGAGGAAGUGAUACGUGAGCGGCGUAGGUCGAGGAUGCUAGAACGUCGGAGCACAUUGUUGAACGGGCUCGACGAUCUCGACAAAGGCGAUCUUACGGAGUCGACGUCCUCCGACGAAGCGACGGAGACGCGCCGGAAGGAGGUAACGGACGAAGAGAAAGCAAGACGCUUGAAAAAUACGUACACCGAGCUCGUCAUAAGAAGCAGAAAAUUGUAUUUAGACUAUCACGAAAGUCAUCCCGGCUUCUUCGCUCUCGUGUUGCUCAUGGAUGAUUACACGAAAGCUUUCAGCUUGCUGAACGACUUUAUCCACGAGUUGUACGCGGGCCAGCCUUACAGGCAGCCAACAUUCCUAUCGAGAAUAAAUCAAUUCACGCAGGCGGCAAUUCCCGUAGCACUUGAGAACAUCCUCGACGAAAUCCGAGAAAAUUUGUCGACAUCAAAACUCCAAAGAAAAACUGUGUUAAAAGUGCGCAAAGAUGCACCGCAGAGAAAUUUGGCAGACAGUAGUGUCACGAUGAGAGCGCGAUGAACGCAUUUCCGAAUUUACAGUAACUGAAAAUAAAAUCUUGCUGUAUAUAUAA